CGUGUCUCCUCUGAGCAGCAGGAGGGGGGGAUGUACUGACAGACGGACCGUCCUCUCCUCUUCAUCGCCGGCUCUGCUGCUUUUGUUCCCGGGCUUUGGUUCGCUGCAGCAGCGCUGACUUUGUGGAUUAUUGUUCCUGCUCGCCGUUCCGGAGACACGCAGACAUGGAGGAGUCCAGCUCUCAGAAGUUGGCGUGGGAUGGGGACGCCAAAGCGGUGCAGCAGUGUCUGACGGACAUCUUCACCAGCGUCUACACCACGUGUGACAUCCCGGAGAACGCCAUCUUUGGCCCCUGCGUGCUGAGCCACACGUCGCUGUAUGACAGCAUCGCCUUCAUCGCCCUGAAGUCCACCGACAAACGGACCGCUCCGUACAUCUUCAGGGUGGACACGUCGGCGGCCAACAGCACCUCCGAGGGUCUGAUGUGGCUGCGGCUGGUGCAGUCGGCGCGCGACAAAGAGGAGCAGAACCUGGAGGCCUACGUGAAGAACGGACAGCUCUUCUACCGCUCGCUGCGGCGCAUCGAGAAGGACGAGGAGCUGCUGGUGUGGUACGGGAAGGACCUGAUCGACCUGCUGCUGCUCAGCGCCAGCCGAGCGCCCGCCAAGAGCAAAGGAUCGUCCCACCACUCCUGUCCUGACUGCAGCCAACGGUUCCAGUUCGAGUUCCCGUUCCUGGCCCACCUGCGCUUCCGUUGCACCAAAAGACUUCAGAGCAUCACGGGUGGCGAGGAGGACCAGAGCAAAGAGAGCAGCCCCGAGCGGCCGACCACCACCCCGACCAGAGGCAGUCCCAAGCUGGGCCGCUCGGAGGGCUUUGGCAGCCCGCAGGACGCCAACAAACCCUCCACAGACUUUCACAACCUGGCCCGGGAUCUGGAGAACAACCGGACCAGCCCGCCCAGCGACAAGGAGGCGGAGAUCUGCAGCGAGAGCUCAGGGAAGAGGAAGUUCUCCGAGAUGGAGGAGCGGGAGUGCCGAGGGCCGAGCCUUCCCCCGUCCAAAUCUAAAGAUGAGCUCGCCACGUCGGCGCAGAACUACCGAGGAGCGUACGGUCUGGAGGAGAACCACCGCUCUUUUUCACCGCCCUGCUCCGCCCAGCUCGGCGAGGGCAAACGCAGCGCUUUCACCGAGGUCAAGAAGUCACCACAGAACCUCAAACAUCACGGAGGCAGCAAGAACUUGCAGAGCCCCAACUCUGAAAACAAAGAUGGCGGCCGUCCCAGCAGCAACCCGUCAGAGAAGCACCUGAACAUCAGGCAAGUGCUGUCAGAGACCCAGCCCCCCCAGACCCCGCCCAUGGGCAGCGCCUUCACCUCGGUCAGCCAGCAGGGCAGCGGCAGCGGCGGCGAGAGGAAAAGCGCCUUCAGCCAGCCGUCUCGCUCGUCCUUCUCUCAGAUUUCGCCGCUGGUGAUGCCGCCCAAGCUGCUGGACUGCCACCCGGCCGUGGGCGACACCAUCUCCUCCAGCAGACUGUACCAGGCCGACCACCUCGCCGCCAAGCUGCAGGGCGCGGAGCUGGGCGCCAACUGCCCCGUGCCGGGCGGCGUGGCCAAGCAGAACCCGUUCGUCUACGCCACCGCCUUCUGGCCCAAGAACUCGGGGCCUAUCCAGCUCCAGAUGCCGUCGGCGCUCACCCUCCUCCCCCCUUCCUUCACCUCGCUCUGCCUGCCGGCGCAGAACUGGUGCGCCAAGUGCAACGCCUCCUUCCGCAUGACCUCGGACUUGGUUUACCACAUGCGCUCCCACCACAAAAAGGAGUACUCCAUGGAGCCGCUGGUCAAACGGCGGCGCGAGGAGAAACUCAAGUGCCCCAUUUGUAACGAGUCGUUCCGGGAGAGGCAUCACCUUUCACGUCACAUGACCUCCCACAACUGACUGUCACAGGCUCAGUCAGUUGGCCGGGAGGGAGGGACUAUUUUUUAACGCGGAGGGAUACGAGGCGCCUGGAUUAAGACACUUAAACACUUCAAAAUCCUCUUUGCACUUGUUUUCACUUUGGACUGACUCUUUGCUUUCUCUCGUCCCUGUACAGACGUGGUGUUGGAGUGAUGAUUUUGACUUUAAAUUAUUAUAUUUAUGAAACACUUGAACCGUUUGAGAAAAGGGAAGAUUUAAAUAUGUGUAAAUGUACAGUAAGUCGUAUUUUAUAUCCUAUAAAUCCAAAUAUAGAGGAGGAAUCAAAUGUAGUCUCACGUCAUGUUUACAGCAGCAGGUUUUCAUGUGGACGACUAAUAAACGGGGAUUUUAUGUCAGAUAUAUUUCAGAGUGCAUGAAUAUGAAAUAAUAUUGAUUUAAGAUGCAGUCUAUACGUUACUACGCUGUAAAUACUCCGUUUGAUUUCAAAUACAAAGUGUCAUAUUUUGUGUCAG